AUGGCUCCUUCGGGUGCAGCCUCGCCUCCCGACGACAAGCGUAAGCUCUUCGGCCUACCCCAAGAGCUCCGAGAUAUCAUCUUCGAUUACGCGUAUCCGCGUCUGGAGGGUGUCGAACUUAUCGCCAAAAGCUCCUGGGAUCAGCGCGAGCACAUCGAAAACAUGGUGGAAGCCACUCACACCAUCCGACCUUUCCCGCCAUUCAAAGUCAACGAGUUUCUGGUCAGCAAAGCCUUCUUCGCCGCAGCAGCGGCAGCCUACGUCGGAAACCAAGCAAUAGACCCUCACGUUGCGGCACAAUCGUGCUCUAGCGAAUGGGGAAAACGCAGCCUGACGAACAUCCUGUACGCCUAUGGCAAGCAUCUCCACAAAGCAUCGACACGUGUUUCCUACUUGGAAAAAUUCCCAAAGCUUCAGUCUAUCAGCAUUACGAUUACGCCUUGGUCUUUCCGCGGCAACAAGAGGAUAAUACUGGGUGUUAUGGACGACGACAGCAUCAGAGAGAUGGCUCUGUACAAAGAAAUGACUCAAAUUCGUGGACUGCAGAGCUUCGAGGUGAUCGGUUUUCCUCUACAGCAUGGUGACCCUCGGAACACAGCAUGGCAGGCCAACGCGCGGCGCCUCGGGGAGUUGGCGCGAAUCAUCGUGACACAGCCAAAGCAACCAGCAACGAAAGACGAUCCAGAGGGGUUCGAGGAGCAGGAGGCGGAGUGGAAAACGCCGGAAAUUCGUCCACGGUACGAAGAACAGGAUUUGGAUCUGGUCAACGGUCCUGAAGAAGAGACCCCGGGAGUCUUCAAACGCGUGCUCCGCGUGAUCAAGGACUUUGGAGCAAGAUUCAGACCGUUUCGCAAGACCGCCAAGCUGCCGGCCAAAGAAGCCACCAUCAGACACUUGCUUCGCCAGGUCGACGCAACCCAUACGCACAUCUCCGCCGCGGACAUACCAGAUUCUAAAGAGGCUAUCCUGCGGAUGCUGUUUGAUCAACCUGGCGAAGUACUUGCAUGGAUGAUGGAUGCGAAGAUGAUAUUGGAUUAG